AUGAUGUGUUUCAGAUACGAGCGUUCGUGUCAUGAUGCACAUCCUGGAAAGGCGACGGACCACCUCGAGAAUACGAUUGAUAUUGCAUGCUUCUGUACCAGUACCAGUACCAGUACCAGAAAAUUUGUCGCUGCAGCUCUAAGAAAGAAUUCAACACCAUCGCAUUGUAUACGAAUCCCAAUUUCUCAAUCGCACCCUGAACGGCAUUCAAACUCCUGCAUCUGUGCAUCACUGCCCAAGGCUUUAGUCUUCAACACUUCCCCACCCCGACUGAACUGCGCCGUCCACAGUCCCUCUGCCCCCAAGCAGACACCACCACACGCGAAUGCGCCUCAGGACCUAGCACACAUAUGCACUGGAUGACUACGACGUCCAUCCAGCAGCCUACAAUACGUAUGCCACCGCUGCAAGAAACACGUUGAUCCUCCCCCGUCUAUGGGCAGAUGGUUGGACCACAGAGCAUUAUGAACCCGUCCACGACGCCGACUCAAAAACCACAAUACGCAGCAAAUCCAAGGACGAGCUCCGACUCCAAUCGAGAUGGUCUGCAACCCACAGCAGCCAUCAAUGGUUCCCGGGCUAUGGCAAGUCCUGGCAUGUCCUUUGCACCACGAGGCUCCUCCCUCAACCCCUCCCCAGCGCCGGGGAGCUUCAGUUCAAAUAUGCGAAGCCAGUUAGCACCAACGCGAACAGGAUCGAGCCAGGAUACGAAUUAUCUAAACGCAAACCUGGAAAGGCUGGACGAGCAUGAUGGACAGAUUCCUGCGCAGGCUAUUUCCGCUCUGCGGGAGUCGCUAAGUCGAGAGAUGAAAAUAAAGGAAGGGAGCGAGAAUAUGCUGGAAGCCCUCAAUACGAAGAAAGCGAAGCAAACGAAGGAACAGCGGUCGAGGGUGGAGGCAGAACUGAAUUCUUCGAAUCAGAAAAUCAAGGAUUUAAAAAACAAAAUAUCAGAACUGCAGGGACGGAAAAUCCCCACGACACCCACAAAAUCACGAAUGGAUGGCAUUUUAUACAGCAAUGGAUUACGGUCACCUCAGAGUGUUGCGAGAAGCAUAUUAUCCGAUUAUGACGAGCCAACAGAGUCGCCUACGUAUGCGUUAGCAGAAAUACUUCAGGCGCUUGAGACUGAGGGGUUGACUCCAGAUUAUUAUGUUGGUCAUGCCAAUAAUCUGGUGGAGCUAUUCAAGAGAUAUCCAGCGUUGAAAUAUGAUCUAGUCUGGUCGGUUUUUGGAUUGAGGAUGCAGGUCAUGCUUUUGAGCGAGAGUAGAGAAGUGGUCGCUGCUGGAUAUCGAAUGAUUAGAUAUGCAAUAUCCGAUAUCAGCUCGUUACAAAAGAUCCGAAGUCUCAAUACAGACUGUCUCGUUGUCCUGUGAGUACUCAUUCGUCAUCAGUUUGUAUGAUUUGCUAAAUUUUCAUCAGUUCGCUCAUCAAAAAGUCAAACGCAGAUGUUGAACGAGAGCAAGCGCUUAAGUUUGUACGUGCGUUUCUAGAUGUGAAAGAUGGCGUGCAUGAGAUUUCAAGAGCAGUUGUCAGAACGAUAGCUGCGGUCGCUGAGCACCUCGAAGACCGUCUGCGGUCCAUCUGUAUAGAGACUCUUGGUGAAAUUAUGGUCCGAAGUCCAUCUCUUUUACUUGCUUCUGGCGGUCUAAGACCUUUGGCGGAUGCUCUGGGCGAGGGUACCUAUGAGGCUUCUGAAAGUCUUACGGCUGCAUUCCUCUUCUUAUUAGAUGCGCCCCAGAGAAGAAAGUAUCUUCGCUCAGGCUAUGAGCUUGAAGUUCUCUUCAUCCCCUUCACUGAUUCAUUGUUUGCACAAGAGUCUAUCCUGAAGCAGAACUCUCGAUCGAUAGCUUAUGCCAUGAGGUCGUGGCCUGGUCUCAUGGCGUUGUCAAUGUAUAAUUUCCGAGCUGUUCGAUCCUUGAUUUCUAGUUUGAUGCUACCGAACUCCACGAUUCGAGAAACGGUGAUUGAAUUGUUAUACUCGCUGCUCCGUAUCAAAUCACCAUUUUGGGCCACAUCGUUUCUGGCUGGGCGACGACUUACGACCUAUGGACGAGUUGCCUCGCUAAAACCAACAACCCCCAACAAAGCCGCUCCCGAGGAAGAGACAGGCGACAAAAACUUCGUAGAUCAUUACACGGCACUGCUACUUGCUGUUCUGAUAUCCUCGGAUAUGCUUUCGGGACUUUUACAAGUCACUCGCGAUGCCGACAACAUGAUGCUCAAAAGGAAGACCACAUUACUCAUUGGAGAGGUUUUGAAGUUGGCUAACAAACUGUUGCCUUCUUCAUGGAGUAGUCAUCUACAACUUCUCCCAGAACUCUUCGCGGCAGCUUCUCACUUUGGAAACCAAGAGCGAUUCGACGCAACGGGCACUGUUUAUCAAAUCAGUAGCGUAAGCCGGACAUUAUACAAAACAAACCCAACCUCCACAAACACUCUAGUCAGCACUGAAAAUAUGAGCUCCGACAACUUGCAAGGCCUAGAGGAUACCCCAAGAAGCAGUCCCAAUCUCACUUUAGAUGAAACUACCUUCAGACAACUACUGGUGGAAACCCAGGUGUUGUCAAGUACCAAUCCCAUCAAAUGGAACUGGGAAAUCAUCUUGAGAAUUAUCGAAGGGCCAUUGUUGAAUGGCAAACGCUUAGACGAGGCUAUAAAAGCCUCGAAAUUCAUCAAGCGGAUAAUGAGCUUCUAUCGGCCGUUCAAGUAUAAAUUUGCAGAGGUCAGAAAUACACGAAUUAACCAAAAAUAUAUCAAAGUUGGCUGUGCUCUCGUGCACACUCUUCUCCAAACUGACAUAGGAGUCAAAUAUCUUGCGGACAAUAAAUUGCUCAGGCAAAUGGCGGAGUGCCUGGCUCAAUGUGAUCCGGUAAGUUCCAACAUUGGGAUGAGAUCUGACUUCUGCUAAUUCACUCGAUAGACAAGUGGGCUGACCGCUCAAUCUCCAAUGUUCUCUAAAGAACGCCUUCAAGAGACUCUCUGCAGCGGGUAUUUCAAUAUGCUCGGCACGCUCAGUGGUGAUGUUAGGGGCUUGCAGAUGCUGGAUCGUUGGCGAAUGAUAAAUAUGAUGUACCACAUCGUCGACCUCAAACAACGUCCUGAUCUUAUCAAAAUGCUACUGUCAAAUUUUGACUAUAGCCUACAAGGCCACCCAAGGGUUCUUCUUUCUAAGGCUUUAACGGCUGGAUCAAAAGAGAUCCGUAUACAUGCCACGAAUGUCUUGAGGAGGUACUCGAAGGGAUCUAGGGCUACCCAGGGUGUCAGUGACUCGAAAUGGGCAAUUCAGCUUCUUGUUACGCAACUGUACGACCCGGAGGUGGAAGUGUGCGCUUGCGCUAUCAAGAUCCUUGAAGAAGCCUGUGACCGCAGGAACUACCUCGAGUACAUUGUCGAAUGUAGACCAGCUCUUGAUCAUCUAGGCGAAAUUGGGGCACCAUUACUGUUGCGGUUUCUGUCCACUUCUAUUGGUUACCAUUACCUCGAUGGAUUGGAUUACAUCAGUAACGAGAUGGAUGAUUGGUUUCUGGGACGAAACGACGCCUACGUCGGGGUUGUAGAAGCAAGUCUAGCUCGUGCAUUUGCGGACAUGCCUGAGGAACAGUCUCGCCGAAUGAGCAUAGAUGAGGAAAACUACGAAAUGGACGCCGAAAACGAUGGCCACGUACCACCCCACUUCUACCGAGAGUUGACCCGGACGACGGAGGGAUGCAAAUUAUUACGCGAUAAGGGCCACUUUAUGGAAUUUUCGACGUCGAUUCGUGACUAUGGCAUGCUCUCAGAUGAUCCUGAGCUUAUACUCAAAGUCAAAGGGUGUCUUUGGGCCGUCGGUAAUGUUGGAUCGAUGGAACUCGGGGCACCUUUCUUGGAAGAAUGCGAUGUUGUCGAAAAUAUCGUCAAAAUUGCCGAACAACACGAAAUCAUGAGCAUGCGAGGCACUGCCUUCUUCGUACUCGGCCUCAUCUCCAAGAGUGUCCAUGGUCUCGAAAUAUUAUCCGAGAAUGGAUGGGACAGUAACACCACCAUCAUGGGUGCCUCGCUAGGUCUCUGCCUUCCACGAAACCUCAGAAAAUUGUUCUCCUACGAACCGUGGAAACACGAGAACGUUGGCGACAUCUUCAUGACGCCGGAAAACCUCGCCGCCUUCAACGCCGCUAAGACGGACGAGGACCCAGUCAACAACCGGGUCUUGGAACUGAUUGGGGAUCUCGGUAAUACUGUUUUGCAGAAAAGAUGCAUGACGGAAUUGAUGCAUAUCAAGGCGAAGAAAGGUCCAAGUUUUAGUCAGCCGGCAUUGUUUAAGAAAGUUAUGGCGCUUUUAGAAUCGCAUCAUUUUAGGCUUACUGUUCGGCGGUUCGUGAUCGAGCUUUUUGAUCGCGGAUUGUUGAGGAAGAUCGUUUUUGAAGAUGACAGCGAAGAAGAGGAAGAUAGUGGGGAUAGUGGCAGUGAUGAAGGGAGGACGGAAAGGCAGAGGAGUCUCGGGGAUGCUGAUGGAGCGGAUGAAUGAGUCUUUACUUUAUCUUAUCAUUGAGGUUAUAGAUUUUUGGAGGGUUCCGACAAUUGGCAUUUGUGGUGAUACCAAGGAAAUGGAGGUGUUAGGAUAUGUAUUGUACGGAUUUUUCUCUUGGGGAAAGGGGCUAGGCUACGGCUUGGUCGGAAUGCCUUUUCGCCUGGCGUAUUUAUCUCUCUUUUUUUUCUUGGCAUAGG